GCCAGUGACUCCUAGCCUCGGAAGCUCUCCCCUUGCUAGCGAAACGCACACUAGCUAGGGAGCUGCGCGCUGACAGGGAUCGGCAAGCGCUGGGUUUCCGCGCCUCACUGCAGGGUGCGGGUGCUCGCGGAGGCAGCGAGCGGGUGAGCCCGCGUGAGAGGGAGGGUGGGCGCGCGUAUUGGGCCUGGGAGGCGGAGAUCUUGGAAAGAAGGGCCCACACGGCGAUGCAGGCGGCGGGACUGCAGUGCCACAUCUCCAAGAAAGCCCACACGCCCGCGCGCGCACGCACGUGCAUACGGAGAGCAGGGAGACCACCAGCGUAAGUGCGGGGCGCGUUUUAGCGAUGGCUUCUGCUCUCAACAGCAAAAUCCACCCGCCUGGGACUUGCCCUGGCUCCAAAGCCGACACCCGUGGCGGCGGCAGCUGGAGAAUGGACUGUGAUCCUGAGAUGCACGUGAAAAUGUGCAAGAAGAUCGCUCAGCUCACCAAGGUGAUCUACGCCCUGAACACGCGCCAGGACGAGGCGGAGGCCAGCGUGGAGGCGCUGCGGGACGCGCACCAGGAGGAGCUGCGGGACGCCGUGGCGCAGGCCCAGGCCGGGCUUCCGCAGGAACCGGGCGGCGCGGAGGAGGAGACCCUUCUCCAGCGCAUCCAGGCCCUGGAGAGCGCCCUGGAGCUGCAGAAGAGGCUGACCCAGGAGGCGCUGGCGGAGUCGGCGUCGUGCCGGCUGGAGACCAAGGAGCGAGAGUUGCGGGUGGAGGCAGAGCACGCACAGCGCGUGCUGACACUGUCCAGGGAGAUGCUGGAGCUCAAGGCCGACUAUGAAAGGAGGCUUCAGCUCUUGGCGGGCCUCGAGGCCCCCCAGCGGGGCCAGCCUCCCCUGGAGAGCCCAGACGCCAAGGCGGAGCCGGGCCAGGGCCCAGAGCUGCAGGACGUGCUGCUGGAGGUGCAGCGGCUGCGCGCCGAGAACCAGCAGCUGAGCAGGGACUACGCCUGCAAAGCCCAGGAGCUGCAGGCCGCCUACGAGCGGGACAACGAGGCCAUCCGGCAGGCCAUGCAGCAGUCGGUGAGCCAGGCCCUGUGGCAGUGGCAGGAGAAGGAGUCCGACCUCCGCAGGAACUUUCAGGUCCAGGAGUCUGCCCUGCAGGCCCAGGUCCGCAAGCUGGAGGGGGACCUGGAGCACAGAGGCCGCAAGAUCAGUGACCUGAAGAAGUACACGCAGAAGCUGAAGGACAGGAUUCAGGACCUGGAUGUGCAGCUCAGGGAAGCUCGACAGGAGAAUUCAGACUUAAAAAGCACUGCAAAAAAACUGGAGGAGAAGCUGGCAGUUGCCAAAGACAGACUGAUGCUGCAGGAGUGUCACGGGACACAGAAAACUGAUGAUACGAAGACUGAGCUGCUUUCAGAAAAUGAAGGCCCAGGGGAAUCAAAUGACUUGGACUCCCUCAGUCUUCAUCCUGAUCAGGAUCAAAGCUUUCCCAAGGAGUGUCCAUGCAUGGAAGGAGGCACAGAUACACAGACCAAGAAAGGGGCAAGUGUUGAGACAGAGUAUAUGAAGUGGCAAUAUGAAGAAGACCUUCGUAAAAUCAAACAUCAGACAGAGGACGAGAAGGAGCACCUCAGAGACCAGCUGGUGAAGCGGCUGGAAGACGUGGUGAAGAAGCAUUCCCUGGAGGUCAUAUCUGUCCGCUCGUCCGUGGAAGCUGAACGCAAGAAGUUGCAGAAGGAUGUGCAAGCGCAGUUGGAGGAUAUAAGGAAGAAGUCAGAAAAGGAAAUAAAGCAGCUGGAAGAAGAGAAAGUGGCCCUAAAUGUGAAGCUCCAGAACUCUCUGCUUGAGGUUUUAAGACUGGAAGAAUUUAUCCAACAAAAUAUUGUUUGCUCUGGAAGAGCUGCGGAGAGACCCCAGGAUUCAGACUGCCCACGCGCCUGCAUUCUGGAGACCCAGGAUCCAUGCUUGAAGCUGAAUGAAACUUCUCAGACACCACCCAGGGGAGAAGACUGUCGAGAUGAGUUAGCAGUGGAGGAAGGAGCCGGCAGCGAUGAGGAAGGAAGGAUCGAAGUGCCCCGCAAGGAGGGAAGUGACCAGCAGCCCACACUGGACUCUUUGCAGAAGGAGAAGGCACCUGAAAUCCAGCGUCUUCAGGAGGCCUGGCAGAGCCAAAAGGCCACGUUGCAAGCCCAGGUGUCACAGAUGCAGCGGGCUCUGGAGCACUGCGCCGGCAGCUACAGGGAGGACCUGCAGGCACUCAAGCAGCUCGCAGACUGUGAGAGUGACAAGCUGCAGCGGGAGCUCCAGAACAGCUGGGCAGCAAGAGCCCAGCUCAAGGCUUCACACCAGCGAGCGCUGCGUGUGCUGGAGAAGGCGAAGGCACAGGAGCUCAAGGCCACUGAGGAGCGCUUGAAGAAGGAAUUCAGCCACAGCCUCCAGAUCCAGCACCAAGCACACCAGCUGGAGCUCCAGUCCUUGGAGGAAAAGGCUAGGCAAGAGCUAGAGGAGGAACGUGCGAGGAUGCAGGCUGAGCAGACUGCGCUGCUAGAGUCCCUCAGGCAGCAGCUGUUGGAGCAGCAGGCUGUCUGCUCCAAGCACCGGCAGGACUUGGAGGCGCUGCAGGCGGAGCUGGGCAGCUGCCUGGGCAGCUCAGGCAGUCAGCAGGCCAUCGGCCAAUGUCCAGGGGACAAUGAGGACCAUGCCACCGCCACUGAGGAGCGGGACGGCCCGGGCCAGGCCGGCUCCCCAGCCGACGCAGACGCCGAGCAGGGGCCCCGCGAGGCCUGCGGGCUGCAGGAGGAGAACGUGCUGCUCAGGGACGCGGUGCGGCGUCUGCGCGCCGAGGCGGAGCAGCACCAGCAGGAGGCGCUGCAGCUCCGCGACCAGCGCAGGUUGCUGGAGGAGAGCCAACAAGCCCAGCGGGCCAGGGAGGUGGAGACGCUUCGCCAGGAACACAGGAAGGAAAUGCAGGCCAUGGUGGCAGAUUUCAGCAGUGCCCAGGCCCAGCUCCAGGCCCGGCUGGCUGCUCUGGAGGCUGAACUCAAAGAUUCCGGAGAGAAGCCCGGGAAGGGAGCAUCCCGGCCGGAGGACCUUCAGCUCAUAGGCCGUCUGCAGAGCCUCCUGAGAGAGAGAGAGGAUAUCAUCAAGCAGCUCGCGGAAGAGAGAAGAUUGCACCGUGUAGCAUUCCCUGGCUCGAUGUCCCAUCGGAACCGGUCUUUUUCUUUCAAUCCUCACCCGGGUUACUUGACCCCUUCCAUGAAGAAAAAGAAGAUAGAGGAAGUGCCCAGCCGAGUGGUCAGCGUGCCAAACCUCGCGUCCUAUGCAAAGAACUUCCUGAGCGGUGAUCUGAGCUCCAGGAUCAAUGCUCCUCCAAUAACCAAAUCACCAAGCUUGGACCCAAGCCCCAGCGGUGGCCGGCCUCACAAACCCACACAGUCUUUAGAUGCAAAAACUGCCACAAGGACGUCAGAUGGUGAAACAGCCCAACCCAAAGAAGCCCAGCAAAAACAGGGCUCUGCACACCAGGAAUGGUUUACUAAGUACUUUUCUUUCUAAGCUGAUGUCUGGGAUAGAUUACAAAGACGAUACUUGAAAAACAUUUCUUUUACAUCAUCUGAUUGAAGUAAUGAACUAAAACCAACCAACCAAAUAACUUAUUAUAUAAUUUAUAUAUGAUAUCUAAAGCAAAUUUUGGCAUUAAUAUUUCAUACAGUUUCAUUGUGACAGCAGUUCAUUAAAAAAGACUUGACAUUAAACAAAACAGUGUUAUUAAAAAGCAAUCUUAGAAAAAUAUUAUUAAUGCCCUAUAUAUAUUGUAUUUCUAGUGUCCAUAUCGCCAUACUUCACUUUGUGGAAUAUCAGACUUUGUGAUUUCCAUGGUCUACUUUGAAAGUUUUAUUUGAUCUUAGGAUUCUGGUCACCUCCACUUGAAAAGUUGUUUCUAUGUAAAAGGAUACAAAUCUAAAACACAUGUAACCUCAAUAGGAAAAGGAAUUCAAAAAAAGUUGAAACAAAGUUCAAAAUAAACAGGAAAGCCGCAUCUUACAGGGGUAUUUGCGAAACUUGGUAAAUGUAGAAUGUAAAUGUUUUGGCACAGUAACUGAGAUAACGCCGGAAAGGCUAUGUUAACCAUUGUGAUAAAAAUGUGUCAAAUGGUCUAUGAAGCGAGUGUAUGAUGCCCCAUGAUCAUAUCAAUGUAUACAGUUAUGAUUUAAUAAAAAAAAAAAAAGACAUUGGUUCACAUAAACAGGAAAGCCAAUUAAAAAGCAAACAAACCAAAACUACUAGAACAGGAUGGGACCAUGUUUGGAUUGAAUGUUCCGAAUUCCUCCAUCUAGGACCAGCAGCAAAUUGUAGAGACGGUAACAUCUACCUCUAAAGAGGCUUUGCAAGGAUUAAGCAAGAGAAAAUGGGCAGAGACACCAAUCUUGAAUAGAAGUUAAGGUUUUUUGUGAAUAGCCUGGUCAUACAUCUCAGUUUCAAUGAUUGUAGUGUUAGCCUGUUCAUUCAUUUGUGAAGGUUUCUAGACUGUUCUGUUCUUUGAACUCACAGGUCCCUUGACCCUCUGGCCUUUGGGGUUGGCCCUGUGCCUCCUGGUACAUUACUUCCUCAUUGCAUGGACUCUGGACUGGCCGCUCACGAUGCUGACCUAGCUCUCAGUCCACACCGAACUGUUUUAUCCUCCACUGCUGGGAGCAAUGUGAUUUGACAAGACUCAAUGCAACUUUUAGUGGCCAAAUUAUCUUCAUUUGGUGCUGGCCCCACAGGUGGCCCAUAAACAGAGGUCAAUUCUAUGCACUGUCAAAUCUUUCCUCUUUGAAUAAAAUUUUAAACAA